AGCUCCAGGGCCAGGGCGGGCGUCUCCCACCCGGAGGGAGACAAACAUUGACCUCAUAGAUGGACGAUGACGCUGCCGGCAUCGCGCAUGCAUCUCCGCGUUGACUGACAAUCGAAAACCGUCUUCAUCAUACAGUAUGAGAAGAUUGGCCGGAAGAACCGGGGUAGAAGCAGAGGAAGAAGCCGAGAGAACCAGAGAAACAAGAACAUGUUACAUGGUGGCGUCUUCGUGCCGGAAUCUGACCCGGGAUCCGCACGUUUUCGGGCACAAAGAGGCAGAUCUCAUGCACAGCUGGCAUGGGAGGAAGAUGCUGGUGCGUGGCGCACAAGCUGUAGCGAGAUAAGCUCACAGUUCUAUCGUCAUCACUUGACGGGCGUUGAGCAUGUUGGGUGGCCUUUGGGCGUGGUAGCAACAACUUGCUUGGCAGCGUUGGUUCUCGACUGCGGCCCCUUCUGGUGGCGGGCGAUGAGAGCGAAAAGAGGAGCUGAGAGCUAACAAGGGCGAGCCGUGCCUCUUGGUCGCGGACACUAAUCG